AGCGGGUGGCUCGAAAAGACGAAUUCGUACAUAUCGGAGAGGAAUUAGCUAUUUGUUUUCGUAGCGCAGUCGGAUUUGGAUGUUUAGGAUAAAAGCGGACACGGAGUCAGAAGAAGACGUCAAGUGAACUGCUGGAUUAAUACAUUUUUUUUUUUAAGAAAAGGGACGCAGCCAUGAGUUCCCUGCCGGAGGCCACACGUUCCCUCGUGCAGGUGUUCAAUGGGAAGCUGCAGGAGUUCACCAAUGAGAUUGAAAGCAUUCACAUGGUAUGGCUGCAGGAGAUUCAGCAAGAGGCCAAGCGCAUGUUCUCCAGUGACUUUAGCACCGAGCCUGAGCUUAUGCCAAAAACCCCAUCACAGAAAAAGACAAACCGGAGGAAACGGGUGUCCACAGAGCUCAGUGACGCUAGGAGCAAAAGACGUUUUUCUAAAGGGAAACGCAGUAACCUUCGUCGUUCCUCUGUCCAGCUCACUCUAAAUUCAAUCUCUGAGUUGGUUACUACACAUGAACCAAGUAACAGUAAUGACAGCGGGGCUGAGGAACCUGCUCGUCGCACACGCCGUAAUAAAGCCACUGUAGCUGCAGACACAGAGCCGGUCAAGCGCAGCACACGCAACAGAGCAGCUGCUAAGGCAAAAGAGCAGCCCGAGAAGGUGGAGGAGGAGCUGGAAGCCGCUCCACAGCCACCUGAGGAUGUGUCGCAGGAAAAGGAGUAUGAGGUAGAGGAGUUGAGCAGCUCUUCAUCCCCUGUCCAGGCACUGAUGUCUGAGGUCGUGGUGAAAAUCCCCUCAGCUGAACGUCUUUCUGCUGAUAAGAUGCUUCAGUGCUCUCCUGGCCGCUCUGUACAAAAGAUUACCAUUGCAGCUGCAAGUGGUCAGGCAUCGACACGAAACUCGGCUCGACACUCACUGGUGAUGCGGCGCUCUCUGGCAGGCCUAAGGCACAGCAUGACUCAGGAAGCGGUACGCCGUGCUUCUCGUCGCUCAUUCUUGAAGAAGAAAGCCAGGCUGGGCAACUCUACAUGCAGCAGCACCGUCAGUGGGGACAUGUCUGUGGAUAUAGAACCAGAGGAAAAUGAGGAAGUGGUGGAGGACAGGAUGGAGGAGAUAGUUACUGAGGAAGAGCCCACAGCAGAAUCCAACGGUAAAACGGCGCCAGCCCAGCCUGAGGAGCCCGAGCCCACAAAGCCAGUAGAGGAGGAUGUUCCCUUACUGGUGAAUGAAGAGGCGACUGCCUCUCCCAGUGUCCAGGAAAACUGCCGCUUCACACGCUCAAUGGCUCGGCUUUCAGGAUCAGAUGAUGGUGGGAAAAACCCUCAGGAUGAUGUUCGGGCCUCUCGCUCAGCUGUGAAACGUGCAGCUGCAGAAGCAGCAACAGAAGCACUCAGCACCCCCAAGAAGAAGCACUCGCCUCCUAAGAAGUGCCUGACCGGCAUCACACCCGGCAUGCGCUCCUUCCUGCACACGGUGCAGAAGAACCAGCUACUAAUGAUGACUCCAAGUUCUCUUGGUCGUACCUCUGUCAUGAAGUCCUUCAUUAAACAGAGUGGGAAACUUGACGUUAAGUUGAGCACUGGCUCAGUGGAGCGGGAGAAACAGAAAUGGGAUGCUCUUAACAAGAAGAUUGAACAAGAAAAUGAAAGAAAGAAAAAAUUGGAAGAGGAGCGGAGGAAGAAACAAGAAGAACUUAAAAAGAAACGGGAUGAGCGUUUGAAGCGAGUAGUGGAGGCCCGGGUGAAGGGAGAGAAGGAGAAGGAGCUGGAAAAGAAAAAGAAAAUAGAAGAAAAAAUGGCACAAAUCGAGAAGAAAAAUGACAUGCUGCGUGUGGAGCGUCUUGCUGAGGAGAAGGCUAAAAAGAAGGUGGCAACUAAGCGUCAAGAGGAAUUAGAACUUCGCAGGAAACAGGAAGAAGCAGCACGAAAGAAAAAGCUGCAACAAGCUGAAGAGGAAGAGAGGCGACACCAGGAGCUGUUGGCCAAACGUAAAGCGGAAGAGGAGCGGGAGAAAGCACGCAAACAAGCUGAGGCUGCUCGAGCACUGGAGCUCAAGAAGGAGCAAGAGAGGGAGCGAGAGAAGGAGCGAGAGCGAGAGCGACAGGCUGCUGCUGAGAGGGAGCGAUUAGAGCGUGAGAGAAUCGAGAAGGAGAAGGCCAUAGCUCUUCAGAAAGAACUGGAGAGAGCAGCCAAGGAAAAGGAGAGGAGAGAGCUAGAGGAAAAGAGGAGGAAAGAAGAGGAGCAGAAAAGGGCUGAGGAGGAGAGAAUGGCCCAACAGAAACUUGCUGCUGCACCCCCUACAGUCACUACCGUUGUAAACCUUCCUGUCAGCAAAGCUUUUAACACCACAAUUACACACAGUCCUGCACUAAAUGUUACUGUAGAUAUUGAGCGAUCAGUCAUGAAUACUCCUGCAGGCAAGGGGACCCCUCAUAAGACCAUUGAUACAGCGUCAGGACUGAAUGUUACUGUAGAUGUAGAGAAGUCUCCUCAGUCCUACCAGAUUACUCCUAAAGGCAAGAAGGUUGAUGUUUUGGUCAAUCCAGAAGACUAUGGCAUGGACCAGAACAGUGAUGACUCGACUGACGAUGAGUCAGCACCCAGGAAACCCAUCCCUUCAUGGGCUGAGGGCAUGCAGCUUCAGCAAGCUAUUAUGAAGCAGUAUUAUGACCCACUGGAUCUACACUCCUACUUUGGGGACGUUGAGCAGCCCAAACUGGAGAAGAUUUUUCAAAGGAGCAAACCACGCUUCUUCAAGCGCACAAGCUCUGCUGUCUGGCACUCCCCUCCACACAUGGGUGCCCUGCACAACUAAAUGGAAACUGUCUGAGCAUUGUCUAUUUUUCUUUUCUUUUUUUCUGUCUUUUUAUGUGUAAGCGUUUUAGAUUUGUGUUUAUAUAAAACAUGGAUUUCACUUAAAUAAAGUGCUAUAUAAAGUGUAUCAGAAGUAGAGUAAUACAAGAUCACAAGGGUUUUGCUUUAAAAUGCUGUGUACACCCUCAUACCCUUUUUUUUCCUACUUUGAUUUUAAUUUGCAGUAUUUAUUAAUACUGUUUGUACUGUUUGUAAGGAGGCUUCACACUUUCAGUGUGAAGGGAUGCGGUCUUUGGGAUACAAUCUUAUGGGUUACAAAAAUCACUAUGUAUGUAAUGUAAACUCUGCUUAACUUUUUUUCCUUUUUUUAAUGUUGAAAUGAAGCAAUUUAAUUGCUCAGUUUGUGUCUUUUU